AUGGAUGUCAUGUCGGUCGAGUCAUGCGUUCAAGCAGUAAUCGGCGCAUACCGAGAUGCAUCAAAGCUGGUGCUACGGCUCAAGGAUAAGCAAAAGAAGUCCGAGGAAUUCAUCCUACCAGAGCAUCUGACCAAAGACUUUGAGGACUCUCUGUCACUGGGAUGUGUGGCAGUUCAAAGCCAGUACGACCACGAUGUUCGUCGUUUCGGGGAGACAUAUGCCCGUGGCGACUCCACCGCUCGGGAGCAGAUGAAAGAUAUUUUGAUCACUCUGCAGCAGGUGGUCAUUACGCAUUUGCGGGAAGUGUAUAUGGAUGAAGCGGCGUUGGAUCUUCACACGUUAAGGGAGACAUCGGAUGACAGUCGCGUGAAUGCGACGGUAUGCUUGGGCCAACUCUAUCAACGCAUGUCAACGGCUACGGCGGCGAUGAAGCAAAUUUCCAGACCGUACCUUGACGAGCCUGACAAAACCCAACUCCCGGGUUCUUUGGCCUACUCCAGUAGCAGGAGUACGCAUUCCUCUUUCGGAACAAGGCCUUUGGACAACCAGUCUGCAACAUCUUACUCAACAUACAGCUCCAGGACAGCCGUUGGUCAUGAUCGCAAACCCUCUGGUGGUCUUACGCCGCAACGAAGGAUAUCGAUGAAUUCAUCUUUCUCCAACUCAAGUGAAAGAGACCAGUCCAAAGGCCGAACUCCUGGUGAAGACAGUGUUCCAGCGCUCCCCCCUCCCAUGCAGAGACAACCCAGUCAGAAUGCCGUCGACUCUACCGGCCCUAGCACUGGAAGUUUUCAACAGAGAGUGGAUCGCGCGGCAUCGCCCCAUGCCGGUGCUCCUCCACCAUAUAAGUCAAGCUCACCCGCACCGACGCAUGUUAUCGACGAGAAAGGACAAAAUUUUCCUCCAGAGUCAAGCUUCUAUCAACCUCCCACUGCAGAUGUCCGCAAUAUUCCGCAACCGAGUCCGCCACCCCAACGAAGUCCUGGGUUCCCAGGCGAGACCGGCUUCUCCCGUCCUGUCCCGCUUAGCCAGGUGCACGAGCUCGACAACGGCUCCCGGCCUGAGGAGCAGCAGCCUCGCGACCAAGGAACAUCGACCCGGUCACCACAAAUCGGUCAGCACCAGACCGUUCCCUUGAAUCCCGAUUACAGCACUUUGGAAUAUGUUGCGGCUCUGGAUGCUCGAAGUCGUCCCCCGGCGGCUCUCGCAUCGUCCCCACUAUAUCAACAAUACACGCAGCAAAUCCAUCCGCAGGAGCAAUCGCCAAUGCAAUAUGGAUAUCAGUAUCAGCAUCAGCAGCAACACCGAUACCAACAUCAACCGCAAUCACUAUCGCAUCCCCAGCCCCAAUCUCCACCUCAAACAAUGGUGCAAAAUUUCCCACCCCAAAAUCAGGCCGUGUCUCGACCGCAUACUAGCGCCACAGGAACGUCUUCGGAGUCUGCUCCUGUUGAUCCGGUCCUCAUCAAACCUCCCACUGUGCCGGCCGAGUCCAAACCGUUGUCCAUCCGAUCUUCUAGCUCAACCGGAUCAAAAAUCGGUUCUUUUGCCCUUCGGAAGGCGCUUCCCCCGGGUAUCGCCAAGGCGAUCCACAGACCUGCCCCGUCGCCGUUAGAAGCACGGUUGAACAGCCAGCCUCGAUAUGUGAAACCUCCGCCACUAGACCUCAACAAUGGCCAAACCGUUCAAGUCGCAAGCCUGACAUCACCUAUUGCGCAGCACGUGGACAGGGCCUCGGACGAGGUACCGGACACAUCAGCCUCGAACACGCCUUCAUUAGAUUCCACCAUGCGGGCUCCAGCGUCGCCGCAUCUGCAGGUCGCCGGAUCAGAGCUCAACUUACCGAGCGAAUCGAAUCUCGCAGGAUUUUGCAAAGGAGCGGUGCGUCAACAACUGGGGACUCGAAAGAAGGGGUUUUCACUGGAGCAUAAAAAGGGGGCGAAGGGCGCGGAUUAUUUCUUCCGAUGCACCAAAUGCAACUUCGAAGGGCCAGCAGCGGUGUCGACAGCACUUCCGAGUGGAGGACGAGGGGCAGCCAAGCGAGAGAAGACAUUCGACUCGCGUGUCAGGGUAUCGGAAGGGGGCAUCAAGUAUCGAUGGGUGUUCCUGGCCAAAUCGCACGUGUUAAACAAGGCAAACCACAGUGACUUGAACAACGGUAACGACGUGUUCGCAUGUUACUUCUGCUGCGCCGAGGGAGCAGCGAAGGGAUGGGUUGACGACAACAUGAGCACCCAGUUGGCGACACUGGGGACGUUUGGCGACAAGAAACCGACCGCGAUUGAAACGCCGACAUUUCAUGGGUUGCAAGCCUUCAUGGCUCAUCUGGAUACGCAUCGGAUACCAAGCCGAACUCCAGGGUUGAUCGUGGCAAAUGAAAUGAAUUGUAUUGUGGGCCGAGUGGCGCACGACAGCGAAGAUUUUGAUUUGAAUCUGCCUCCGAUGAAAAGGUAG